AACCCACUCCCUCCGCAGCCCCCAGCUCCACCUCCUCCACCUUUUUUGUUUUUAUCCAGUGUCUCCCUUGCUCUUUCUCUCUCUCUCUCUCCUCCCUCCUACCACCGUCUCUCCCUCCAGCCCUCUACUUUCCUGCAGCGCCAAGCCGGUUCCCCAACCUGGUCUGCAGAACGCAAACCGCUGAGAGUUGGCUGCGCCGCCCCCUGGGGCCCGGAGCCUCCGAGUCCCGCUAAGGCAGAGACGCAAUCGGAGCAAGCGGAAGACAAACAAGCGGGCGCGAGGGGAGCCCCAGGAGGGCAGCCGGGUGGCUGGGCAGGGACGUCGCCGCGCCCCGGGUCGGGGCGGAAGCGCUCCGAAAAGUUCUAGGCUGCUCCAGAAAAAGGCUUGAGCUAGCCGCAAGCCAGAGGGGACGGUGCUGUGAGCCCUGGGGGGUGGGGAGCCGUGAGCAGGAGCCAAGAGCCAGGCUGCAAGCGCAGGGGACCGGGCGGCGGCCAGGGACCCCGAUGCCGGCGGCCAACAUGAUGGAGAACCUGCAGCUGCCCGCCCUGCAGGUGCCGGAGCAGGGCGCCACCGAGGGCAGCGCGGUGUGGUCCAGCUCGUCCACCCCCACGCUCCGCCGCCGGCGCUUCAAGAUGCGCAGGAUGAAGAACGUGCAGGAGCAGAGCCUGGAGGCCCGGCUGGUGACCGAGGACCUACCCUGCGUCUUGGGCCCGGGCAAGGAGUUCCUGCAGCUGCCAUCCAUUGAGAUUACGCCCUCCAGCGACGAAGACACCCCGUGGUCCAACUGCUCCACACCCAGCGCUUCCCCGCGCCGAAAGCGCUUCCUGCUCCGCAAGUGGCUGAGAGUGAGGGAGCGGAAGGAGUGCAGUGAAAGCAGCAGCCAGCAAAGCAGUCAGCAGAGCAGUCACGAGGAUGAUUCCAGCAGGUUCCUGAGUCCCCGGGUGCGUGAAGAAAGCACUGCCAGUAACUCCAACCGCAGCACGCCAGCUUGCUCUCCCAUCCUCCGGAAGCGUUCUCGUUCACCAACCCCACAGAACCAGGACGGAGACGCCAUGGUGGAGAAGGGCUCAGAUCACUCCUCGGACAAGUCCCCGUCCACCCCAGAGCAGGGUGUGCAACGCAGUUGUUCCUCACAGUCUGGUCGGAGUGGUGGCAAAAAUUCCAAGUCUCACAAGCGCCUCUCAAAAAAAAGCCAGAGUUGGUACAAUGUGCUGAGCCCCACUUAUAAGCAGAGAAAUGAAGACUUCAGAAAGCUCUUUAAGCAGCUUCCAGACACGGAGCGUCUCAUUGUUGAUUACUCUUGUGCACUCCAAAGAGACAUUCUUCUUCAGGGCCGACUCUACCUCUCAGAAAAUUGGAUCUGCUUCUACAGCAACAUCUUCCGCUGGGAAACUCUGCUGACAGUCCGUUUGAAAGAUAUCUGCUCCAUGACUAAAGAGAAGACAGCUCGCCUCAUUCCCAAUGCUAUCCAAGUUUGCACUGAUUCAGAAAAGCACUUUUUUACUUCAUUUGGGGCUCGGGAUAGAACGUAUAUGAUGAUGUUCCGGCUCUGGCAGAACGCUCUCCUUGAAAAGCCCCUUUGCCCCAAGGAGCUCUGGCACUUUGUCCACCAGUGCUACGGGAAUGAGCUGGGUCUGACCAGUGACGAUGAGGACUAUGUGCCUCCGGAUGAUGACUUCAACACAAUGGGCUACUGCGAGGAGAUCCCUGUAGAAGAGAAUGAAGUGAAUGACAGCUCCUCCAAAAGCAGCAUAGAGACCAAGCCAGAUGCCAGCCCACAGCUGCCCAAGAAGUCCGUCACCAACAGCACACUGACCUCCACUGGGAGCAGCGAAGCCCCUGUCUCGUUUGAUGGCUUGCCCCUGGAGGAGGAGGUGUUGGAGGGUGACGGGUCUCUGGAGAAGGAGCUCGCCAUUGACAACAUCAUAGGGGAGAAGAUUGAGAUCAUUGCACCUGUGACCUCUCCUUCUCUGGACUUCAAUGACAAUGAGGAUAUCCCCACCGAGCUCAGUGAUUCUUCAGAUACCCAUGAUGAAGGGGAGGUCCAAGCCUUCUAUGAGGACCUGAGUGGACGACAGUAUGUGAACGAGGUCUUCAACUUCAGUGUUGACAAACUCUAUGACCUGCUCUUCACCAACCUGCCCUUCCUGCGGGACUUCAUGGAGCAGCGGCGCUUCUCUGAUAUCAUCUUCCAUCCAUGGAAAAAGGAGGAGAAUGGAAAUCAGAGCCGAGUGAUUCUCUACACUAUCACCCUUACCAACCCUCUGGCUCCCAAAACUGCCACGGUCAGGGAGACGCAGACCAUGUAUAAAGCAAGUCAGGAGAGCGAAUGCUACGUGAUAGAUGCAGAAGUCCUCACCCAUGAUGUGCCCUACCAUGACUACUUCUACACCAUCAAUCGUUAUACACUCACCCGUGUGGCCCGGAACAAGAGUCGACUCAGGGUCUCCACAGAGCUCCGCUAUCGAAAACAGCCCUGGGGAUUUGUGAAAACCUUCAUUGAGAAGAACUUCUGGAGUGGACUGGAGGACUACUUCCGCCAUUUAGAGACUGAGCUAACAAAAACAGAAAGUACCUACCUGGCUGAGAUGCACAGACAGUCUCCCAAGGAGAAAGCCAACAAACCCUCAACAGUGCGGAGGAGGAAGCGUCCCCAUGCCCACCUGCGGGUGCCUCACCUGGAAGAGGUGAUGAGCCCGGUCACCACACCCACUGAUGAAGAUGUGGGCCACAGGAUCAAGCACGUGGCAGGUUCCACGCAGACACGGCAUAUCCCCGAGGACACUCCCAACGGUUUCCACCUGCAGAGUGUGUCCAAGCUGCUGCUGGUUAUCAGCUGCGUGAUCUGUUUCAGUCUGGUGCUGCUGGUCAUCCUUAACAUGAUGCUCUUCUACAAGCUGUGGAUGCUGGAAUAUACCACACAGACCCUCACUGCCUGGCAGGGUCUCAGGCUCCAAGAAAGGUUGCCCCAGUCGCAGACAGAAUGGGCCCAGCUCUUAGAGUCCCAACAGAAGUACCACGAUACAGAGCUCCAAAAGUGGAGGGAGAUCAUCAAAUCCUCAGUGAUGCUUCUUGACCAGAUGAAGGACUCGCUCAUCAAUCUUCAAAACGGCAUCAGGUCCCGGGACUACAUGUCUGAAAGUGAUGAGAAGAGGAACCACUAUCAUUGACAAGGCAGGACCAGGAGUGACUGCAAGAGGCCUGUGCAAUACAUGUACAUAGACCCUAUAAAUAUAUAUAAAUAUAUAUAUAUACAGAAUAUAAAUAUAUAUUAUAUACAGAUUUUAAAAAGAGAUAAUGCCUAUGUACCAGGGAGAAGGAGCGGGACCUCCCGCCCCCUGUGCCGGCCAGAGCAGCGCUUUUCCUUCCGUGGAGGGGCUGAGGAGGGCAGGGACCACCUCUCAGCACCGGCUUCCCCUGAUCCUCCUCCCAUCUUCUGUUCCUCACCCCUUCCUUGCUGGCCACUCUUGGCUCCUAGAAGGGAAAUGUUGCUGAGCCAAAGUUAUGCCUACGAAGACCCUUGGACCUCGAAAGAAGUAUCAAGGGGGCAUUGCUUCAGGUGCUUCAUUCCCUAAUCCCCUUUUGAUUUGUCUCCAAAUAAAAGAAAAACUGUUCUUCUCCCACCCAGUGCUUCCCCAGGUCUUCUUGGGAACCGGAAGCAUGGAGGGCAGGAGCCCAAUCCAGACUCCCCAGGAGACCAUGGGUUAGGACCAUGCUGAGAGCCAGGUGGCAAGGACUGUGACAGCUGGCAAGGCUGUAUUUGUGGGCCUGGGCUGUGGAGCUGCAGGGUCCCAAGCACUGGCAUCUGAAGGGGAAUCUUCCUCAGCCACCCCUGCACCUUCCUCUGACCUGGGUAGGCUGUGGACCCCAUAAGGGCUGGGAACUUCUAACUCUCCCACUCCCUUUCUCUCUGGUCUUCUCCCAGGCUGGAUCUGGGGGAAGUGUCACUUUUUAGUGCCUAAAGUCCUAUUGUUUCUCUGUGCCCUAAGAGCACAUUGUUUAUUAGCCAGGGUGGAGCCUUUUUGACCUUGUUAACACAAACCUCUUUUAGUGGUUAUAAACAAGUCAGAUCUGUGGCUCUCAAUUCCUUCCCUUUGAGCUGUGAUUUUGACGUCCAGGAUAAGUCAGGGUAUCCUUGUCCCUCCAGGCUUUGAGAGACAGACAGUGCUCUAGAACCAUGGAUUUCAGGGUCUUCCCAGAAUCCUGUGAGUAGUGAGCAGAGUAGCCAAAAAGGGCUGACAGCAUCAUUUACUCUUGGUGAAGAACCAAUAUUAGCAGUGGAGGCAACUCUGUCACUGUGUAUAGAAAAGUCUGAGCCAUUGGAGGGAGAUUUUUGGCACAGAUGCAUGUGUUUGGGCAGGGAAAGGCCAAAUGGAAUCUAUCCCCAUUUCAGUCCUGAGUUUCUCAGGUUUGGGAGUGGGGGUUCUGACAGCUGUGUGUAAAUCUCUUUAUGGUCUCUGGCCCCAGAGAGGUACAGGUAGAAGGAAGAUGUUGGGUAAGGAACGUGAGCCUGCCAGGGCCCUUUCAGUGUUGGCCCACUGAGACUUAUGCUUUUCUGUGAUUGCAAGGGGCCCUUCUGGCCACAUUCAUCCUUCUAUGGUAACUACUGCUUUUCCAUCUGAUGACUAAAGGAGUCUUGCCAGCAUCAGGCAGAGCUCAUACAGAUCCUUAGCAAAGCAUCCCAGCCAGUUUCACAAAGAGAGCUUCUAUAAGCUUGUGACUUCUCAGUGCAAGAAGCAGAACAUACCCCAGGUUUCCUAGAAUAUCAGUGCAAAGGAAGCAAGUUGUUACCCAUUGUCUGCCCCCAUGAGAAAGUUAUAUUCUUCUCUUAGAAUUGCUUGAACAUCCUAUUUUGGUGGUGAAAGAAAGGCUUUGACUGCAGUCUCUUGAGAAAUUGGUUUUGGUAUUUCUCAGAAGGCAGAAUCAGAAAAUAGGAUAUAUGCCCCCAUCACCCUCUGGUGGAGGAAGAACAGGCUCCAGUGGUUAGCUAGUCUCACCACUGCCCGACUAGGGAAGCAGAGGUUAGGAAACAGAUUCACUGUGAUCCUUGUACAGUGGACAUAAGUCCAAAGCAGCUGGUUGCCACCGGUUCUUGCCUAGAACUUUGAGGGAGACACUGGUGAAGGUCAGUGGCCUCGAAACAAAGGGGAGGAGGUAUGGUACAGGUAGUAGGCAGUUCCCUGUUGGAAUAGCCAGAAGCCCAAAGUACUCCCAGAAACCUUUGAAAGCAGAAAAUGGAAAUUCUCCAGUUUACUGCAUUUAUAAUUAUUUACUUAGGCUUAAUUAUUAAAGUCACCAUGGGUCUUUUAGGAUGACUUAAAAGGUAUUCAUUGUGAGGGUUAAGGAAGGUAACAGAAGUAGCCCUGGCCACAGAGAGCAGCUUUUUCUUGACCCUCAGUAUCAUUCAGGGGAGGAGCAGGCAAGAGGGAAGCGCCACCCAACUUGUCAGAGGAACCUUCCUGCUUUCUGAUGAUCUCAACCCAGGAGACUAUAUAUACACAUAGAGGAUGGCCUCUAAGAAUCUUGGCUCUCUUCUGAGUGCUUUCUAUUUUAGUAAUUGUUUAAGCUUUUAAAACAGUAGAAAACUAACAACUUGAUUCAUCCCCAAGCACAACAGUUUUCCCUUAGUCAAGGGAACUCACCAUUGCAGCCACAUCUGGUAGUAAAACAAAUACAUGACACAGAGUCCUGGCCAAGAGCCCAGUGAGUAACUAGCUGUCCAUAAGAGAAUAUGGACGCUAGCACCUUAUGGCUACUUUUUCAGGUUGGCAGUUUUUGCUUUUUGUUUUUAUAGAUGUAAGUAUGCUUGGGUCACGCACAAAUCUUUCUGUAAAGAUCCAUAUGGGAAAACAUUAGAGUGCUUGUACUGAACUAAGAAUUGAGAACCCUGGGCUUGAGUCCUGACUAUGCUGUGGAGAAUCAGUGUGACCUUGGACGAAUCCCUCCCCACCACUGAGAUUCUGGAUCCACUCAUAAACAGGAGAGGCUGGGGUAGAUUGCCUCGUAAGGUAGGUUCUAGCUUUGGCCUUGACUGGGAGAUUAGGCCAGAGACUGAAAGACUGGGAGUUCUGAGUCUUAGAAGAUGGCCUGCCAGGGAAGAUGAGCUUUGUUCUUGGAGGCUAGGGAGUCCCAGUGGCAGGUAGAGUGUUGCUCAGUAUUAACCUGGGAGAAUGUUCCUUCCUUCUUUGGCCUAAUUUUAGUUCAGGAAGGGAACUUCCAUUGGACUUUGUCUAAGCUAGGAAGCAGUCAAUGGCUAGAGGAGCUCUGUCUUAGAAUGAGCCCAUCUUCCAUCUCUAGGCACUGUGAAUCCUUUCAUUUCCUCCUCAUGGAUGAAGGGCACAAUGGAGAGAAGCCAUUCCUCAUUCUAGAACUUCUAUUUUUACUCAGCCAAAGCCCUGUUGGGGGUUGGAUGAAUUAGGGCACUGGCACUAAGGAGUAGAGAGGACCAGGAGACCCCAAGAGGAAAGCUUUUCCAGAAGUGGAUUCUGUACAUAUCCAUAGCCCCUGACCUGUGCUGGGGCUAACCUAUUAUAUCAUAGGCAGCAGCAUCUCUAGGAUGAGGUGUUAAGGAAAUGACUGACUAGGGAGAGACUCUUUCUGGACUUAUUUGUGCUCCCAGAAGGGUCCUUUCUGUGCCAUACCAUCCCACUUCCUUAGCUCUGCAGGGCAGCCAAAGCCAGCCCUUCUCACUAGGGCCCUAGGAGAACUAGCACUCUUCUCUCUUCCCCCAGGUGGCAGGGCUGUGGUGGCCCUCCUUACACACCUGGGCUCUGCAUGCCCACUCCAAAACUCUCUUCCUGACUCUAUUCCCCUCCCUGUCUCUAAGCUAUGGGACAAUCAUUUCGUGCUUUGCCGUUCUUGAUCCUCAUCCCCCACCCUCUGGCAGGCUGGCCCCACCCCCUCCCAUCUCCACAUCUUCUUCCAGAAGAUGCAUUUGGGUCCAAGAGGAGUGUUUUCUGGAAGGCCAUCUUUCAACGCCCCUGCGUUCCUGAUGUGAACCAGGAAUUUGCACAUGGUGUAGAGAGCUCCCUCGCCCACCUCUCUGCCCAGCCUCGUUACCUCACUCCUGCUCCAGCCAUUGUGACGGGCUCAGCCAGCUCCCUGUAUUGAUGUUUCAUGCAACAGCUCAGGGGUCUUGUGACUGGAGGUCCUCAGCAGGACUGGGAGCCCGGACUGGAGCCUUGGCUGCUGGCGAGAAGCACUUGCCUGCCAAGAUUUGCCGAUGCCAGACGAUCUCCCCAACAUGCGAAUGCCUGAUGGACAUUGUUAUCUCUGUCCCUUGGUCAUCCUUGCUUCUCUCAACACAAUAAGACAUUGCAGAAACAAAAUGGCCACCCAUGCUCCAGGCAGGACUACUGGCUGUCUGGGGAGUGGGCCCUGGCUUCUGUGUUGUGUGCGGAGAUUGCACAGAAAAAAAAAAAUCCACUUUUGCCAACAAGAAUGUGCGGCACCCCACAUCUUACCUUGCACUCUAGGGCCAGACCACUCUGCAUGGACCAGACCAUCUUCCCAAACCCAUGGUGCUUUUUUCCCCCUCACUAAACCUAGAUUCUGAGGUGGGGAGGGAUGGAUCAGAGGCCAUGAUGGCCCCCUGGAUAAUCCUGAUACGGGGUGGAGUGGGGUGAGGCAGAGGGAGCAGCCCCCAACACCUGCACUGGGCCACAAGCAUGGGAAAGAACACAAGUUGGUUGCAGUUGAGUUGUCUGGCCGUCUGUAUUUGGAUCUUUAACUGUACUUUGCCUGGCGCUGUGCGCAAGGUCUGAAAACUUACUGCUAGUACCUAGAAACAUACAAGGCUACGAAGCCAAAUCUUAAUGUAAAGUAGCUAGAGCCAUGGAAGUGCAGUAUGAAUUAAAAGAAAAAAGUAUUGAAUUACAAAUAA